AUGAAGGAAAGAGAAGAAGUGGUGGCAAGUGGCGACGAUAUGGAGAAGGAAGCGAUGCCGCCGCUCGAACCGAUGCCAGUCUCCGAAGAUUUACCGUCUUUGCUGGAAAUCGCGAGUUCGAAUCCGGACUUUACCCUGCUCAACGCAGCAGUCUCCACGCAACCGGACAUCGUGGAGUUGAUUCAAGGAGAUGGCCCGUUUACAAUUUUUGCGCCGGUAAAUUCUGCGUUUGAAAAUUGGUUAGAAGAGAAUAAUUUGAGCGCGGAGGAAGCGUUAGCGUCGCCAACGCUCCCAGACAUUCUCAAGAGACAUGUUCUCGGGACCAGGCUGUUGGCAAAGGACGCGUUGGCCGCGGUGGCGGAUGGACCAAUUGAACUCGAUACGCUUGGUGCAAAAGUUGUUGCUGAGAAAAAGGGAGAUGACUUGUACAUCGGAGGCGCUAAAGUCAUCGCCACGGAUGUCAUGGCUUCAAAUGGCGUCGUUCACGUCGUCGACGGAGUCGUCGAAGGCGUCUAA